AUGUGCAGCUUGAGCUGGGGUUUCAAAGCCCUUUUCCUAAUGAUAUUAUGCAGAUUAACAAAAGUUUCCCCAGCUGAAGGAAAAGGUGAAAUUCUUCCUCCAACUAUACAGAAAAUAAUGAAAGGAUAUAACAAGUAUCUGCGGCCGUUUUUUGACAAUGGCCCUGUCUCGGUUGGAAUGAGUUUGGAUAUAGCAAGCAUUGAUACAAUAUCGGAAAUAAACAUGGAUUACACAGCUACCAUAUUCCUAAGACAACGAUGGACGGAUGAACGCCUUUGCUUUGAGGGUAAUAAGAGCUUAAGCUUAGAUGGCCGCCUUGUAGAAAUGCUUUGGGUACCAGACACCUUUAUAGUGGACUCAAAAAAGUCUUUUCUUCAUGAUAUCACUGUUGAAAACCGUCUGAUAAGAAUAUAUCCCAAUGGAACGGUCCUUUAUGCCAUACGGAUAACUACAACAGUUGCCUGUAGUAUGGAUUUGACUAAAUACCCUAUGGACAAACAGACGUGCACCUUGCAACUGGAAAGCUGGGGUUAUAACAUUAAUGAUGUCAUGUUUUAUUGGACAAGAGGAAAUGACUCUGUCAAAGGCUUGGAUACCCUUCGAUUGGCACAAUACACAGUAGAAGACUACUAUACCUCUGUAUCUGAAGCUGUCUAUGAAACAGGACGCUAUCCAAAGUUAGUCUUCUAUUUUGAGCUCAAGAGGAACAUACUGUAUUUCAUCCUUGAGACAUAUGUACCAUCCAGCUUACUGGUUGUUCUGUCCUGGGUGUCAUUCUGGAUAAGCCAGUCAUCAGUUCCAGCCAGAAUCUGCAUAGGUGUUACAACAGUACUCACCAUGACAACGCUUAUGAUGGGAGCCAGGACAUCACUUCCUAAUGCUAAUUGCUUCAUCAAGGCAAUUGAUGUCUACCUGGGUAUUUGCUUUAGUUUCAUCUUUGGCGCUUUAUUGGAGUAUGCUGUGGCUCAUUUCUGUACCCUUAAUCGAUCUGGUAUGAAAAAACUCACAAAGGAGGAGGAUGAAGAGGCUGAAGAGGAAAUCAAUGGAGUCCUGUCAGCAAUUGCCAACAGUUGCAAAGCUGAUAAGAUUAACAAGGCUGACUCGGACAAAGUCACCAAAACCUCUAGUGGAAGAAAAGAUGAAAAAAGUAAACACAGCAAGUGCCACUCACCAAUGGCAGUGAUGAAAAGACUCUUCUGUAUAUUUGACUGCUUCCAUGUUAAAAAUCCGUAUCACAUAGACAAUUAUGCACGUCUUUCUUUCCCAUUAUCAUUUAUCAUAAUAAAUGUUUUUUACUGGGUGUAUUAUUUGUAUUUUUAA